AUGGAGGGAAACUCAGAACAUGAACCCGCACGAGGGGAUCCAGAAACAAAAGCACCAGCAGAUAUCAAUCUACCAAGCGAACCUCAAGGAACCCAAGGACAACUUGAAGUGACGAAAGCUCCAAUUGAAGACCCAACAAAAGAAAACGUCAAAUCAUGGAUCGAAGCCCAAAGCGAAACUCAACCACAACCUCCAACCGAAGCUCCAGCAGUUGAACAAGUUGACGAUGCUGUCGGAGAACUGCCCCGCGUUGAAAAUACCCCCAGUACAGUACCUGGCGUGACUGGUACGAGAGCUGUAAACGCUUCGACCACAACUUCAGCUCCAGGCACAGACACCCCGGGACAAGUACAAGAGUCAGCAGCCGAAGCCUCAUUUGGAGGAGUUGGAGCUGUUUCUGUUUCUGGAUCUGGACCUGGACCGGCUUUGAUAACUCCACGCGGGCGGGCUGCAUCAACCUCCACUGGCCCCUCCACUACAGCCGCCAGUCAUGGUCAUGUCCCUCAAUUUGUCGCUCCGUCAUCCUACCUCCGACGCAGGACUUCACUCCGAAGCCCAAUGGCGCCCACCGAACCAAAACCUCUAAGUCCUCUGGACAGAGAUCAGUUGCAGGGUCUGAAUGCUAUACGCGAUUUCCUCAAAGUUCGCACCAGUUACGAUGUUUUACCUCUAUCAUUCCGCCUCAUCGUCCUUGAUACCGACCUCCGCAUCAAGAAAGCCAUUAGCAUCUUGACGCAGAACUCAAUCGUGUCGGCACCUCUAUGGAACUCUAAAACCUCGCGAUUCGCCGGUAUCCUCACGAGCACUGACUUUAUCAAUGUGAUUCAAUACUAUUGCCAGUUCCCUGACGAGUUCAGCAAACUCGAUCAGUUCCGAUUGAACAUCGAGAAAGCUAUCGGCGCAAUACCCAUCGAAACUGUAUCGGUUCACCCUUCAAAGCCAUUAUACGAAGCUUGCAGACGCAUGCUCAAGACCCGCGCCAGACGAAUUCCCUUGGUCGAUGUCGAUAGCGAGACCAACAAGGAAAUGGUUGUUUCAGUCAUCACUCAGUAUCGCAUCCUCAAGUUUAUCGCCGUGAACAACGAACACAACACCGUCCUGUUAAAGAAAACAGUCCGCGACAUUGGCCUCGGUACAUAUUCAGGCAUCGCUACAGCCUCGAUGGGAAGUUCCGUGCUUGAGGUAGUUCACCUGAUGGUCAAACACAACAUCAGCUGUGUCCCAAUCAUCGAUUCUCACGGACGAGUUCUAAACGUUUUUGAAGCGGUUGAUGUCAUCCCAUGCAUCAAAAACGGUGCCUACGAUGACUUGGAUGGCUCUGUCGGGGAAGCGCUCUGCAAGAGAUCCGACGAGAGCCCUGGUAUUUACACAUGCACUGAAGGCGAUCGCCUGGACUCCAUUUUUGAUACGGUCCGAAAGAGCAGGGUUCAUCGUCUGAUAGUAGUGGACGAUGAUAACAAGCUCAAGGGUAUCAUUUCGCUGUCCGACAUUCUCAAAUAUGUACUGCUCUACGGAGUGGAGGAUACAAGCAACUGGGCUUGA